GCACCUUCUGGAACCUUCCGUGAGCAACUGCAUUCACUUCCGUCGCUGCAUUUGCUGCUAAAUCCUCUCCAAACCCUCCGAUUCGUGGGGUCUAUCUCGAGCUCAGAACUAAAGAUGGGUGGAGAUCAGUGGGGUGAUGAGUUCGGAUCUUUGGGCUACUUUCGAUUUCGUGAAAUUCCUUGCGAUAUUCACCAAUUUGGGACGGAGUUAGUGGUAAAGAUUCAGUCUUUGACUAAUCCGCGUUAGAACCAUUGCAAGAUUCGACCUGUCGCCGUGCCCAACACGUCCGGCUUCGCAAGAUUGGGUCUGAAUUAGAAUACCAGUUUUGUGUACAUUCUGACACAGGGAACCUUUUUUUUUAUGGGAAUCGGGGAAUUGGGCUCACGGAAGACGACACUAGCAAGGCCACCUUGAUUAGAUGUUGAUGAGCCAGGUGCUAAAAUCAGAUUGUUGCGCAGAAUAUUACUUAGGUCAAUAAGAUCAGUGACUCCUGAGGCACACACAAUGGAAAUUUUGAUCUAUGUCUCACUUGUUGUGCUGCUUGUACUGGGAACCCUCUUUGUUAUCCCAAGGUCCAACCGCAAAGGUAAAGGAGAUGGAGCACAUUCAGGAGGCACUGGAAAGACGUCUAGAAGCUAUACAAAGAAAGAGGUAUCAACUCACAACACAAGGAAGGAUUGUUGGAUCAUAAUCAAGGAUAAGGUUUACGAUGUAACUUCAUAUGUGGAGGAGCACCCAGGUGGUGAUGCUAUCCUAAACAACGCUGGAGACGAUUCAACAGAUGGGUUUUUCGGCCCACAACAUGGCACCAGAGUAUUUGACAUCAUCGAAGAUUUCUGCAUUGGCAAAUUGAAUGAAUGAUGAUAAAGGGGAGAGGCUGUAGAUGCUCCAAAUGUGAACCCAUGUCCUCUUCGAUAGUUCCUUGAAGAUGACAGGGAGUGAAACAAUUUCCUAGUUGUGAUGAGUACUACUCCCAGCUUUGUGGUUCUUAUUUCAUAUUGACCUGGUACUUUUACUAGUAACAGUUUUUGAACCAUGGACCA